CAAUGAAUUCACAGAGAUAGAUAUUUGUACCAGCUUGUCGCUAUUAAAAUAAAGCUUUCUUUUAUCAUAUCCUUCAACAAAACAAAAUUUGUUAUUAAACGAAGGAAAAUAGUUAUUUGCUUAUGUUGAGACCAAAGACAAAGUCAUCUCUCCGCCUCCUAGGGUUUGUGAAGUGAAUUUUUGUCUGUUGGCGCCCUUGUUUACUACUCACUCCAAAGGCAUAAUAUAAUUUUUGAAGCAUUGGCGACAUUGGUUGGAGGUGAAAUUGAAUCGGGUAGUGAAAGUGACAUACUUUUGUAGGACCACUGAACGGUAAAUACAUCUUGUAGAAACUGCUUCCUAGUUUCGAAAACUACAGGAAGUAUUUCUGUUGUAAUGAAAACAAAAGUUAUGUAUAUCUCUUAUUUGUUAUUUUUAAUAUCGUUAUUUUUAAUAACGUUAUCAGAAAUAGAAUGUAUUGAAAUCGGGUUGUUUGCGGUAGCUGAUCAAGAAGCCCUUGAACACUGCAGCAGAAUGUUGCUGUUGAAUUCACCAUGGACCCUUGAGUGUGCCCUUUCAGCCAAGGGCGCCAGCAAUAUCCUCUUCUCGAUAUAAAGGUGAUGACUUCAAAAACCCUUUAUUUAAAUUUAAGAGAACUUCUGGUUCAGAUUUAUUACGGAGUAGGAUUUCAUCAAGACGACAGGAAAGAUCUCGGACACGGAUGCUAAGAAAAUCAACGUGUUAUGACAUGCUUGGAUGCUUCACCCUGCCACACAAGCGCUCCCCUCUGCAGAAGCUGCCGGACUCUCCCGACAAGAUAGACACCAAGUUCUGGCUCUACAAGCGCCCCAACAGCACAGAGCCACAACUGGUGCACUACGGGGAUGCCCUGCGCUCGCUAAAGGACACCGGGUUCGAGGCCCACAAGCCUGUCAAGAUGGUGAUCCACGGAUACAAAGGCAGCGGGAAGGACGUGGGGGCCGUGCUUGCGGCCAGAGCCUUGGUGGAAAAGGAAGACCUCAGCGUGGUCGUGGUGGACUGGACGAAUGGGGCCGCCAACUCAUACGCAUCUGCGGUGGCCAACACCGAGCUUGUGGCGAGGCAGCUGGGUCUGCUGUUGCUGGACAUGCUCUCGCUGGGUGUUGACCCUGGCACUGUGCACUUGAUUGGCUUCAGCCUGGGCGCCCACAUUGCUGGCUGCGUUGGUCACGACCUUUUGGCCCACGGUAACCAGCUGGGCCGCAUCACAGGACUGGACCCCGCGUCUCCUCUCUUCAAGAACCAGCUGCUGCUGCAGCCCUCGCGCAAGCUGGACGCAGACGACGCUCGCUUCGUGGACGUGCUCCACACGGAUGGCAGCCCCGUGUGGACCGAGGGCUUCGGUCUCCUGCGCCAGACCGGCCACGUUGAUGUGUUCGCCAAUGGCGGGCGCGAGCAGCCGGGUUGCAGCGACGGCAGGGGCUCCGUGAUCGCCAGCCACUUCGACAGUGCCCUGGAUAUAACCAUAGCAUGCAGCCAUCUUAGAGCGUGGCGACUAUACCUGGAAAGUCUCGUGUCUGCCUCUGGUUGUCGCUUUACUGCAUACCCAUGCCCGGCUGGAGCCGCUGCCUUCUUAAAAGGUGCCUGUUUCCCCAGCAACAACUACUGCAACACCUCUGCAGCUUGCAACCUGAUAGGCGUAGAUGCAGAGCGCCUGUCUGGCCGUGGAACGCUCUAUCUCGUUACCCGCGCAAGCGAGCCCUACUGCGGUGAACAACUGCAAGUGAAAAUUCUUAUAUCUGAGAAAACACAUAGGACAAGAGGAAUUCUUAAUCUGAAGCUCAACCAUGGCAAUAGUUCUACUAGUUUUCAGAUUACUUACACACUGAUGGACACUGUGAGUGGUGGCCAUGUGCUGGGAGCCCUGGCCGCGGCAGAAUACGGCUCGAUGGACCCUCUGCGUAGUCCCAGCGUGACUGCCACACUCAGCUACCAGUCACUCAGCUUCCAGACCGCCCCCGAGGCAGAUAGGGACCUGCCCCCACCUCGCAUAUACCUGGACGAGGUGGUGCUCUCCGACAUGCGAGGGAACAGUUGGUCAUACUGUGGGAGAGACACACUGCUGGAAGACAAACACCAGACUUCAAUUAAACUGGUGACGUUGACUCUCACCACAGAACCAUGCAGCUAACCAAUGCCACUUCCUCAAUACUCUAUUGAGAGCAGCAGAUAAAACCAAGUGCACUGUACAUGUAAACUUCAAGAUGAUAGUAUGUAACAGUUGCAGCUGAAACAAAAAGUAGGGAGUUGUCUCCAUUUCAAAGUACUGUUAGAAACGUUUUUGCUUUGUAAAAUAUAACUGCCAGGACUAUUAACAAGUAAACAUGUUUAUUCCGUAAGCACCAACCUUCUUCAUGUCUCGCCUCAUGCAAUCUGUAAGUAGCUUGGUGUUGCAGUUCAACCUUCAUCAUGUAUCACCUCCUGCACUCAGUAGGUAGCUGGGUGUGCAUCUUCAACCUUCAUGAUGUCUGGCCUUCUGGGCUCUGUUGGUAGUUCGGUAUUGCAACCCCAACCUUUAUCGUGACUAUCCCUGUGUGCUCUGCAGGUAGCCACCUCUUACACUUUGUAGGUAGCUGAGUGUUGCAAUCCAUUAUGGCAUAUGCACAAUAGGUUAGUACAUACAAGUCACAAUGAAGAUGGCUAAGAAUAUUUUGAAUAUCCUGAUAAAACCACCAUUUUGAAAUUAGACUACCGUGAGCACUGUAAGUAUGUACUGUCAAUGAUCACAUCAUGAGAGAUACCUAUCAAUAACAACUUAUAUCUAUGGUUUUGUGGAAACAUAAUAACAAAUUCGGGCACAUGCUACAGUGGGAGAGUUUUUCAAGUAUUAAUUAAUAAUAUAUUUGUGAUAUGUAAAAGUUUUGAAAUGACAUCUCACAUAAUUUGCGGCUCGAAUAAAAAUAUCAAAUCCGAAAAAGAAGCAAGGAUAUAUAGCUUGCACUAAAAAGACAAUUGUGUCUGCUGCUUCAAUAUUUUGCCCAAGCUUAUAGCUUGGUCAAAAGUGAUGAUAGAGAAAGAGAAAUGAAGUUCUAGAAACUGAUAAGAAAAUUCAGCAGCACCAACCUUAGUUGGAAGUGACCAGAGUACAAUUGGUAUUCAGUCUUCUGAAACAGAUGAAUCUAAAUCAAGUGAUGAUAACUUCAUCAGGAGUAUUGCCAAAAGUGCAUGUAAAUAUGAGGCAUGUAAUUCACAGUCAUAAAUAUUGUCUUUUAUGUGAAUCUAAAAACCCAAUGAGAGUACCUUUGGAAACACACUGUGAUGUUUUUAUGAAAUACAAUAAUUUUUAUUCCAGACAUUUCCAUGGGCAUAUAAUUGGGAUUUUUUUUUAAGAUAAGCUGUUUCAUUUACGAGUAGUUUCACAAACAAGCAAGUACAUAGCUGCCAACUUGUGAAAAUGAAAAAUAGUACAAUUUUUAAAAUAUGGUUUUGUUUAACACUAAACAAAAUAGGAAAAUAUUUACUAAAAAUAUUGUUUUCAAUUAAACUAACCUUGUUCGUCUGGGUGGUUUUUAAAGAAAAGUAGGUAUUAAUCAUUCUGCCUUCUGCAGCGUUUUGUACGUGGCAGCUUUAGAUUUCUUCAGGAACUGUUGUUGAAAUUCUUGCUCAUAACACUUCUUAUCAGAUAAUGCCAACAAUAUAUUGUUCAGCACUUGGUGUGACAUCGAUGCUCUAAAUAUUGUCCUGUUCUUUUUAACACUGCUGAAAACCCUGUUACACUCAGCAUUGCUUUGUGGUAUGACUAAUAUUGAAAGCAUUACAUCUGCAACUCUAUCAUACUUUAAACUACCAUCAACCCUCUUCAUUUUUCCAACUAAACACCACAGAUAAUCCAUACCCUCCGUGGAUUCAAAAGGAAUGCCAUGAUCUGCCUGCAACACAGAAAACUGUUCUUGAAGUAAGUCCAAUGCUUCUUCAAGGGUUUCACUAUCCUUAACAAGGAGAAAUGUCGGAAACUUGUUGACAAAAAAUUUUAGUGACGAAAAUGAAGAACUCUCAAUGUUCUUUAAAUUAGCCACUUCUGCGUGCUUUAAAAUGUCAUUUUUUAAGGGAAACUUCAGUACAAUAUAAUCACAUGAUAAUGUAAAAAAACUUCUCACUGAUGUGUAAAACUUUUCUUUGUCAGAUGGUUCUAAUAAAUCGACUAGUUUGGAUGCAUUACAACCCACAACUAUAUCUUCAUCUUUCUUCUGAUUUGUUGCAAUACUGUACUUGAUAUCUAGUAUUGGAGUUGUUUUAAUUACAGUUGGCUUUAUAAAUUUUAUAAGCAAUUCUUUUAACAUUUCAGUUAAUAAGUCCUUUAAAACAUGUAUGUGAGGUGUUUGUGACUGCAAAAUUAUAUUAGUCUUGUCAAACACUGGUAUCACAUUCACUAAAAACCAACAAAUGGCCUUGUUUAGGUCUGAAGAAAGGAACAUGAAAACCCUUUCUUGUUGAGAGAGCAUUUGUGUAGUUUUUUCUUCUUCUGAACCAUGUGACUUCAUUUUCUUACCAGUAGGAAAAUCAUACGAUAUUAAAGAUCUUUUGCUGCAAUUACUUUCAACUUUGUGAGGCACACUUAAAUUUUUAUCUUUAUCUUGAGGAGCUUUUUUGUUGCAGCUUGUAGUAGCACACAAUAAUUUAACUUUGGCAUCACUUUUACCAACAGCGGUUGCAUCGACCAAUCCACUUGAACAUUUCUUUGGUAUUUUGAACAAACUUAAUCAAGAUGAUGGGGCUGCACACUUGCUGUCUACCUUUUCUUUAUAAAACCAUAAUAGUGGUUGCCACAAAUCCAUUAACCUUUGAAGACAUAUACCAAGCGAAAGCCACCGUGUGGAAAUGUGAUUUAAAACUUUCUUGGUUUUUCAUCACACAGCUUCUGUAAGUCUUUAAGCCUGUCUUUUCUCUUAGCACUUUUUUCUAGGUAGUUAGUAUAUGUCGAGAAGAAUUUCUUCAACAUUCACAUGCAGUCCUGUGGAACCUUUCUCUGCUACUAAGUGCAACAAGUGACAUGCACAACCCAAAACAAUAAUAUUUUCAUUUCUAUCUCUCAUUACAGCAGCAACACCAUUUUUGACCCAACCAUUACUGCAGCAUUAUCUGAACCCAGUGCAAUGCCAUUCUUGAUGAGGAUGGUAACAGCUUUCCAGAGUCCUUAUCAACAUUUCUCCAAUAUUUUUUCGGGUUGCUGCACCUUCCAAAGAAACAAUUGAAAGCAAAUCAUUUUCAACUUUAGACUCUUUUACAUCCAAAUAUGUCACUACUACUGGAUACAGCUUAGAAUCAUCAUUGCUACCGUCAGUAGCAAUAGAAAAUGAAGUAUUUUUCAAAAUACCUACACAAUCAUUUUGACGUUCAGCUGCCAUUUCACCUAUAAUUGCGGUUAUUUUGGUGAGCCCACAGCCGUACUUUUUGGCCUCUUCACUCUUGGGAAACAUUUUCUUGAAUAAAAGCCCUGCAUGAUCAGUGACGGAUAGAGGCAAGUUAUGUUCUAUGAUAAAAGACGUGAAGUAACAUUCUGCUUUAAUCACACUGUAAUCGUCACUUUGAGUGCUGCUGAAAAAUGAAUUUAUUUUAUUUGCGCUGCUAUCAUACGAAGCACUUCUUUUAUGUUUAUUUUAUUUUAUGUUAUGUUAUAUUAUGUUUAUAUUCUUUUAUGUUUAUUUUAUGUUUAUUCAUGAACCUUAAGAUCAUUUCUGCCGCCAUGGGAAACAUUUCUGUCACACGCACAAAUAGUACAACGGGCAAAAUUACUUCCACUUCGUGAAUGAGAAGCCCAAGGAUACUGUUCGCUGUAACAUUCUAAACACUUGAUUAUAUGUUUUCUUUUUCAGGUUGCUGACAGUUGCCAUGAUUGUUAUUUUUAUGACAAACACUCGUAACACACACGCAUGAUACUAGCAACCGUAAAUGACCGUAACUACAAACGUUUCUUAACUAGGGACCACGUUCAACAUGUCUGUCGUCCGUACUAAAAGCAGGUUUCCCAACGUUGGAGCUUAACAAAACUUCUGGUAUGCGGCGUUGCCAUGCAACGUUGUCAAAUUUUGAAUAAGCCGUCACCCUUUUUUCUCAGCACACAUUUUACGAAGAAUUGUGCACGGUUUGUUAAUACGGUACAUCCAAACAACGAACCACACUCCAAAAGUAAUAACAUCCGUAAGAAAGACACACACGAUAGUUAUUACAAUAGGGCCAAUUAUCGUACACUGUACGGGAAAAUCGUAAGAGUUGGCAGCUAUGCAAUUGCUAAGGAAAUGGUUUCUCUCUUUGAAACAUUUACAACCAACACAACUAAUUCAUUGUUUUAAUGGGAAUACAAAGAAAAAUUAAUAAACACUACAAUAGAAUUUUAAACUAAUUAAAGGAAGCUUCUCUGUAGAAAGAAAAAAUCAGAUGAUUAUUGCUGUUAAAAAAGUCUCUGAUAUCACGACUUGAUGUAAGUUUUUGGACAUACGCCAUUGAUAAUGGCGUAUGUCCAAAAACUUACAUCAAGUCAUGCACUCCCAUUGCACAAAUAUUUCAAAGAUAAUAUCUCUGAUAUCACAUAUUAGUGAUUCAGAUCUCUUCAUAAAAUCAUUAUGGAAUUGUAACCCACUUGAGAACUGGAAAAACCAUACUCAAAUGAAAACAGAGAGUAACGAUAAACUCCAAGCGAACUGAAAACACUGGCAGAGCAGUAAUGCAACCUGGCUGCCAAGGUUGAACCUGUGUCUGACAUGGCUGUGAACAAAAGCAUGAACUCUCAUUUGAAGUUGUUUUCGAAAGAAAAAGAAUUUGGCUAGGUAUGUUAGUUACUCCACCUGUGUCAAUGGAAUCAAGUAAACUAAUUGGAUUAAUAGAUCUAGUGAAAAUACUACAUUCUAAUAUAGAAGAAAGAUUUAGAUGAUAUUUAAAAUGGUUACAAUCACUUCAAAUGGCUUUGAUUCUAUGCUUACUGAGCGAGUUAUAUAUAUUUUUUUCACCAUGUUGCUGUACCGGUUCGCUGUAUCAAAAAUAGUUCCAGACAAAAUUUUGAGGUAAGACUCUUGUACACAAUAAUAAAUUAAAACAAAUGAAAUAGGUUUUGUGUUAAGUGCAUUAUGGUGAUUAAUUAUAAGUUUUUUUGAAAAAGCAUCCCUAAUUAUACAUGCUUGAUCUGAAUUUGCUCAUAAACGAAAUAUACACACAUUUCUGUUGACUAUGAUUUUGGGUUCUUGGGACCAUGAAAUGAAAAACUAGUAUGAAUUCAUUUCUUGAAAGUCGCACCGUUGUAACAACUGCAGUAGGUAGUCUUGCUUCAAAACCUACAUCAAAAUUUUUGUAUAAAUCAUAAUUAGGUUUUCAACAUUUUGAAUAAAUUGGUCUGAACUUUUUCAAGUUUGUCUCUGUCAGUUAUACUAAGAAUGUUUCAAAUAAUAGAACCAUAUUCACAAGUUCUGUUCACAGUGGAUACAAUAGUUUGUAUAUGAUAAUGAAAAAAAUAAUGUAGAGUUAAGACUGAUACCUAAAUCCUUAAUAUAAUUUUAUUUCCUAAUAAGAAUAGUUUAUGGUUUAUAGACAAAUUUGAUUGGAUGAUAUUUUCUAGUAAGUUUUAUUGUAUUUCCAAGGAAAAGGGAAGAAAAAAUCAAAAUGAAAAUUAUUUUGUGUAGCAGCAAAAGAUGAACACAUUACUUCCUAUUGUAGUUACUCGGACUUUCACAUUUCUGCACCAACAAUCAUUCUACCACCCAUUUUCACACACUGUAAGAAUAUGUGUUAUCUAAUGUAUGGUAAUUUGGGGUAACUUUGUACACCUAUCCCUCACUUAGCACUUCUUCAGAUUGCGUGGAUUCAUUUAGCACGAUGUGAAUUUUACUGCCCCAUUCUUGAAUAGCACGUCUGUAAAUUUCAGUUGGCACAAAAUCUUGGCAGGCAAAAAAAAAAGUCGCGCAUGGCGCCAAGAAGUCUGUUUCAACUUCUGUAAACAACAGAUGUGCCGUGGGAUACAGUUAGCCAAAAAGGGGGGAAGAGAUGCGCGCGCAGGUAUGUCUACGCUAUCAGCUGUUGUACAAACAUCAGCUAUGGCAAGUUAAAUUGCGGCUAUGGAGUGUAAAGGACCAAAUGUUUUUAUGUCCGUGCGUAUACCGCCGUGCCGUACCAUUGUCACCUGGCCACAAACCAGGCCGUGAACUCAGUCUAGCCAGUGGCAGGAAAUUCACUCAAACAAAAGCAAUGUCUGCCCAUUCAGCUAAUGGUAACUGUAUGUGCUUGAUCACUCAUAAUGCAUCGUGUUCAAGUAUUUGAGACAAAACUAGAAGUAUUACAGCACGCAGAUUUUCAUGAAGGCCACACUUAUGUUGGUUGCACUUUAGUUUGAAGCAAGUCAACUGUGCACACAAUCGUACAAAAUAAGGACUCUUACCAAAAGUUUAUAUACUUAAGUAUGAUGCUGUUGGUUGUACUAGCGGGAAUAUAUUUGACAUUGGAUACCGUAACAGAAAUGAACAAAUGAUUCACGUCGAAAAGGUUGUUAAAUGAAUGUUGCAAUGAAAAAAAAAAUCAUUGGCCUGAUGGGAUUGGUGUGAACCAGGUGGUGAUACGCGAAUAACGACUUUAAUUUUUGAAAAAUUAAAAUGUAACUAUCCUGAAAGUAAUAUCGGUUUCACUGUCAGUAAAGGAUGGUUUGGAAAGGUACGCGACGUGAGUUGGUCACACCCGGGCGGGCAAGUCAGCCAGCCGACUGACAAUAAAGUACAUAAACAUGUAUCUCCCGUUACGUGGUGUCGUAUUUGUCAUACAAAGUGUGAUGGAAGGCAUAUAAGGAUAAAUGGUGUGACAUAUUUAUAAUUGAGUGUUAUUCAACGCAUUUAUAUUAUGUAAAGUAUAUUUUCCUACACAGUUUCGGAACACAUUAAAUAAAUUAGCCUUACUAUUUAUUUAAACUAAUACUUCAGAAUACGCAAUUUCGAAUAACACAAGCAUUUUUAGGAACGAAUUAGUCAUGCUAAGUGAGGGAUAGGUGUACCACAUAUUAAAGAUUUACUGUAAUUAUUAAGUAAUGUGCAUGGAUUAAGUCAAAUAAAGUUAUGUUUACUGUGUAAGACUGUCGUGGAAUGUUCUUCAUUAGGUGAAAAUGUUUAAAUAAUAACAAUGACAAGAGAAACAUGCAUAUUUAUUUUGGUACAAAGAUGCCUUCAAAUUGAUUUUACCAGCAUUGUUGUAAUAACCAAAACUAAUUUUUCGUUACUACAGUAGAAACCCUCAUAUCCGACCUUCCCACAACCGACUCCUCCGGAUAUCCGACCCAGUCUCCGUGGUUGGCGAGCCUGUUCAGACUUGAAAAUUUGACGCAUCUACGUGUUUUCGUGUUGCACACUGUAAGUUCAGCCGUGAUUGUUGGUGCAGAAUGUGCUCGUACUAUAAUCUUGUACUGUUCUAUGUUUUUUAAUGUAACGUAACGUAUUGUGGGCAAAAAAAGUGGAGGGAGAAUUCUGCAAAAUCAAGAUUUGGCAAAACUGAAACAAAAAUACUUUACUGAAUUCUUUAAAUAAGGUAUGCGUACAUUAAAUUCAUCUUCUAAUCUAUAAUUUAACAACAGUAAAUGUUUGAAAUGUAUACAGCAACAUUUUUACAAAUAAAAUUGUAUUACUGUACAUACUGUAUAGCUGGGAAAGACGUUUGUUUGCUUCUACGGAUAUCCGACCUUUUAGCCGUUCCGACCAUGGCCCGGUCCCGUCAUGGUCGGAUAUGUGAGGUUCUACUGUACUGGAUAUAGACCUUGUUAUAUGACUAAAUAAUUACAUAUAUGAAAGAUGUAUCAUCAAAAAAAAUUGUUUUGAUCAAAUUUUUAAAAAAUACUAAUAUUGGAUGGUAAGAGUUUGUAGGUAGAAUGAAUAUAUUUACUAAAGUUUACUCUAAAAGCAAUUGAGUAAUAAAUUAUAUUUUGGAUUAGAGAACUUUCUACAUUUCAUUUGAGGGACAAAAAAAUUCAUAACUCACUUGGUAGGUAGGUACUAGUGUUAAAUCCAUCCACAAAUAUUAUAAGCCUACUAAAUAUUAUUUUAAAAUAUGGUAUGAACUAAUUAUUGAUAUGACAAACCCUUACUGUUAAGGGUGACCAAAAUAUGCAUGUGAAACAGAAAAAUUAAUUACAUCUUCCUUUGUCUAAAUAUACAGAAUUUUUUUUUUUAAAUUUAAAUACGUAUAAUACUUUGUAUACAAAUUUUGCAAAAUUUUCCAAAAGAUAUAUGAACUUCAAAAUUUACCUAGGCCUGUAGGCCUAGCUAAAGGGAAUUUUUUUUUAAUUAAACCUUUGUCCGCUUAGCAUACAAUAAAAUAAAAAAAGCUGUGAUUUGAAAACUACUUUUAACUCACAUGCUUAUGCUAAUUACAUCAAUUUUAUUAUGUACUUAUGUUUAUCAUGUAAAAUAAAUAUUAAUACUUGCAGCUGAAUUGUAAAUGGUUUUAAAAUAUAUAUAUAAUUUUAUCAAUCAGAGCCUGACUUAUUAUUUAUAUAGUUGUGUCAUUUUAAAAUAAUGAUAAAAAUGUUGAUAUUGUUUUGUGUUAAUGCUGUACCUCAACUUUCUAACUCCAAGGCUACGCAAGUAGUAUUAAAUAUUUCCGAAAUUUAUGUAGGGCAAUCCAAAUUUGGCAUGAAAAAUCCCACAAUCCAAUUGGUUUAAAAAAAAAGUAACAUUCUAGAUUUAUGGAUAUGCCUUAAAAAGAUAUGUUGUUAAAAAUGUAAAUUCAUUUGAUGCAAGAGACAUACUGCUAAUUAGGUCAUAUACUGGAUGAAAAAAUUUAAUUUACAUAAUUAUUGUAUGGGAAUAUUUAUUUACAUUGUGUUAACAAAAUGUUUUGCUAAGUAAACAUAAAGGUACUGUGUUUAAGAAGCAAUAAAUGACCGGUUUUGAUGUAAUUUUAUAGCGAAACACAUCAUCACAAUACUAUUGCUAAUGCUUUAUACUUUUUCAAGAUAACUCUUGUAUGCUAGCAUGCGGGGGAAAUAUUAGCAGGGUGAAGAACAAGCCUAGUUGGAAAUUUGAUACCAAUAUUUCAGAAUGUUACAUUAUUCACAACAAAAAAGAGUUAUCUAAGGCAAAUAUUUCUCACACAUCUGGAAAUUUAUUGCAACUAAAGUUUCAAGAAAGCUUAUGACAUUUCACCAAUAAUUCUUGUGGGAAUAUUUUUGGUAACUGGAUAGUGACACAGGUGUUGUGUCACAUCAGUCCACAUCGUGAGCCAGACACAUGAAUCUGUGCAUGGAAGGGUGGCUGCCUGUUCCAAGAAUGAAGGACAGUGGAAUUUGGAGAGAGGGAGAGCUGGUAAUCUCGGUUUGCUUUCCUUCCUGCUGUCCUUCCAAGAAAAACUGCAGGGUUUCCAUGUUGUAGAGAGGGAGAGAGAGAGAGAAGAGAUAUUUGCAAGACCUUCCAAAGAUCACCGCUUGAUGGUAGAUCUCAGAGAUGCAACCUUUGACAACCUACCCUCACGGGAACUCUCUCGCCCCUAACUAGCCGGUCCUGGGACAGGCUUCAGGCUGAGGAUUGAGGAUUGUUCAUGCCAUAUUGGAUUGUGACAUGGUGACCAACUUGAAUGACCUUUACCUUGACCCCAAUGGCCAUCUUGGAUCCACCAUUUUGUUUUCUGGAACUUUACAUUUUGAAUUAUGACAUCAUCGCCAUUUGCAUUAUGGUCACCAUAUUGAAAAUAUGUAAUUAUUAUGAAAAAAUUAAGUUUAUAAAAAAAACUGAACAAAUAUUAUUAAAAUAUUAUUUAAAAAAGUACUUAUGUCAUGGAGUCCUCGGUUCGAACCCGGUAAGGGCAAAAAUAAAAAUGGCGACCGAUCCUCCCUCCCAAGGUGGCUGCUUGCAGACUGACCCCUCACCAAUAAUAUGCUGGCUGAUCUUACAGUAGUAAUAAACAAGCAUUUAUGAAACACUAUGCAUAUUGCAACAUAUUCUGAUGAAUGACUGGUUUUUAUUCUGCACCAAUCCCCCUCAAAAACAAACUUCUGUCUGGCAUCAAUUAUAUUAUUAAAAAAUUUAAAGUUUACUCUUUACUACUUUUAAAAGUGAUGCAAUCAUAUAUUUUUUAAAAAAUAUUCUUUUAUUCAUCAUUACAAAAAAAUUAUCCGAUUCAUAAAUCUGGAAAAUAAAUCAUCACAUUUAAAUAAGACUUUUGAUUUUACAUGAUAUUUUUUUUGCAGAAUACGCACAGCACAGCUCUACAAAACCCAGAUGCCAGAUCACUAUGAUAACUUUCCAUUGCUGGCAACUAACUUCUGCCAAGAUACUAAUGUAUAACUAAACAGUAUUUUUUUGACAUCCGACAGUUUUGUUGUAACAAAAUCUUGUUUUACAGAAAUGACUGGGUCCAAGAAACCAGGAUGGUAUUUAAACUCUAGUAAGUUAACUCUAAUGCUUAUAUAUUGUAACAUCUGUAGAAAUUGUCCUAUAUGAAAAAUAAUGGUAUGAUGAUUCAAUAACUAACUCAUUGGUGUGUGGGGAUUUUACUUAACGAAUAUAACCUAAAAUUAAUAAAGAAAAAAAGUGAGUUGCAUUUUGUAUCAAUUGCUGUUUGCAAUAAUUUUAUUAAACAUUGGCAUUAAUAAAAUAAUUGUUUAAACUAGUAUUUAGUGUAGCACAUAAUUCUUGGUGCAUCACAUAUUUUUCUCAAUGAAUUCUAAUGCCUGUGCGAGCCAUGCAGAGUGCUCCUAGAGCCUACGGUGAAUUUUGUGUAUAUGUAUAAUAACCCGGUUUAAACUCUCAUAAGUAGUGUAAAUCUUAAACAGAGGGUAUGCUUUGUGGAGUGAUAAAAACUUGAGUGGAAGAUUGGUGUCAAGUCAGUUUACAUUAACAAUAUGUAAAAUUUUUAACAUAUUUAAACCCAUACAAUAAUUUUAGUUUAAACCCACGAGUGUGGAAAAUUUUCUAGUUGUCAUUGAAAACAGGGAAAA